UAAGCCCUAAACCCCGAGAGCAAUGCAAGCUCUCGGCUAUGGCGCCUCUCUCUAGAGCAUCCCCGACAUUCCAUCUCCCGGCGGUCGCUUGCGGUACUGAUUUUGUGGAUAGAUCGUUUGGCAGCGACGUCCAGAGGAUAAAUGCAGGCUCUAGGAGUAGAUUUCGAGCUCGCCCUAGCGCGCAGCUGAGUAGUGACGACCAAUCGGUGCCGGAGCAGUCGUGGAAUCAAAUGCUGAGAGCCGCGCUGAGCAGAGAUUACGGGAAUUUUGUCCAGGGUCUAAAGGCCGACGCUGGGGUGGAUGGAGAGAAGAUUAAGGAGGUCGUGACUGCUCGGUACAAGGAAUUACACGAGAAUGCGUCUCACGUCUUUGACAGAGCGGCGUCAACAGCGCAAGAUGCUAGAGGAAGAUAAGGUGAGGAGCUGCUCGAGGAUUUCAGGCUUAAGGUAUGGCCUCGAAUCGUAGCCUGGCACCAAUGGGAGCGAUCGAAGAAGUUGGAUGCUCAACACAUUGGAGCGCUUGUUCUGUACCUUCUCCUGGUCAUUGGUUCCUUCCGAGGUCUCUACGUAGCGGCAACCACACCUCGGCUAAGCAAAAGAGAGGCCAAGGAAUUGACUGAAGCGUACUUAGAGGCAACGAUUCCAGAACCAACAUUGGA